ACUUUACAGUUGGGUAGAUGAACAAACUCAAGACGGAGAAAACAAAGCAUAUGUUGAGUAUUAAGAUAAUCUCUUUUAGCAGGCUUCAAUAAACUCUAAGUGCAUAUAUAGAUUCAUUCAAUAAACUCCAAAUCCAUAUAUAGAUUCAUGAAUUAUACCCUUCUCUGAAUUUUUGUAGUCUUGUUCUGUACAAGACAAAUCUCUAGAACUGGUUGGUCUGAAAUUCUAAUGGAGUGAUCAAAGUUAGUUUUGGUUUUGGUAAAAGAAUUCACCAAUAAGAUUUUAUUCUUUUGAAGCAAAGACUGAUUAUUGUAGUUUCUGGAAAGCAAAAGCAACAUAAAAUCAGAGGAGAGUUGUUUUCAGAAAUUGAGGCACUUGAUAAAUUUUCAGGAUAAUUUUGGAGCUCAUAUCAUAUAUACCCUAUACUUUAUAGAAUUAGAGAAAUUGGGUUUUCUCUGUUAUUGUCGAUAAGUUGAUUUUUUGUGUUAGUUUUUCUUGGAAGAAGAUGGUAGGGAGUAUUGACACAUUGCACCCAAGUUUGUACUCAGAUGGAUCUUCUUACAAUUGUAAUGGUUUGGAAGAGAAACUUGAUGAGCUUCGGCGCCUUCUUGGCAAGGGUGCUGAUGAUCCAUUGAGGAUUGUAAGUGUGGGAGCAGGGGCUUGGGGCAGUGUUUUCGCAGCUUUGCUGCAAGAUAGUUAUGGCCAGUUUCGAGAAAAGGUUCAAAUCAGGAUAUGGAGAAGGCCUGGAAAAGCUGUUGACAGAGCCACAGCAGAACAUCUAUUUGAAGUCAUCAAUUCAAGGGAAGAUGUAUUGAGGAGGUUGAUCCGGCGUUGUGCUUAUCUGAAGUAUGUUGAGGCAAGGCUAGGCGAUCGCACUCUUUUUGCUGAUGAAAUUUUGAAAGAUGGGUUUUGCUUGAACAUGAUUGAUACACCACUUUGUCCUUUGAAGGUCGUGACUAAUUUGCAAGAAGCCGUUUGGGAUGCUGAUAUUGUGGUAAAUGGCUUGCCUUCAACUGAAACACGUGAGGUGUUUGAAGAAAUCAGUAAUUAUUGGAAGGAAAGAAUCACUGUGCCUAUCAUUAUCUCUUUGUCAAAGGGUAUUGAGGCUGCUCUGGAACCUGUUCCUCAUAUCAUUACUCCAACACAAAUGAUCAAUCGAGCAACUGGAGUACCUAUAGAGAACGUACUGUAUCUUGGUGGACCAAAUAUUGCCUCUGAGAUUUACAAUAAGGAAUAUGCUAAUGCUAGAAUAUGUGGAGCCGAAAAGUGGAGGAAACCACUAGCAAAAUUUUUAAGACAUCCCCAUUUCAUUGUAUGGGACAACAGUGACCUUGUCACUCAUGAAGUAAUGGGUGGCCUGAAAAAUGUCUAUGCCAUUGGAGCUGGAAUGGUGGCAGCCCUGACCAAUGAGAGUGCCACCAGUAAAUCAGUAUAUUUUGCACAUUGUACAUCAGAAAUGAUUUUUAUUACUCAUUUGUUGGCCGAAGAACCUGAGAAGCUUGCAGGCCCUUUGCUGGCUGACACUUAUGUAACUUUGUUAAAAGGUCGCAAUGCAUGGUAUGGCCAAAUGCUAGCCAAAGGAGAAUUAAGUCGAGAUAUGGGUGAUAACAUCAGAGGAAAAGGAAUGAUUCAGGGUGUCUCUGCAGUAGGAGCAUUUUAUGAACUUCUGAGUCAAUCAAGCUUAAGUGUGUUGCAUCCUGAUGGAAACAAGCCCGUUGCUCCUGUUGAGUUGUGCCCUAUAUUGAAAACACUGUACAAAAUUCUUAUAACAAGGGAGAAGUCAUCUCAAGCUAUCCUUCAGGCACUGAGAGAUGAAACCUUGACUGAUCCCCGAGACCGCAUUGAGAUUGCGCAGAGCCAUGCAUUCUACAGACCUUCACUCCUUGGCCAGCCUUGACAAGUUUGCACAGAAAAUUCAAGUUUAAAGAAGACUAAUCGGAAAGCAAUCGUUUCAGAGAGAAUCAUGGUGGUUUUGUAUGUAAUGAAUAAUACCUCUUCCAAAAUAUACAUAUUAAAAGUUUGAUUGAUGAAAAUUGUUUGAUCAGUUUUCAAGAAGAAUAAUAAUUUAGACAGGAGACACUUUGAUUUUUAUAUAAACGGUUCUGAUACUUCAUGAGGUUUCCAAUUCUCUUUUUGUAUAUAGACCAAGUAUAUAUUCUAAUCGUAAA